UCCGUUUUGAGAGACGCGUAUUUCACAAGGGUUUCACUCAUCGCUCUGGAGCUUGUGGAAAGUGUUGUGAGAUAGGUUGCGGAAAGGCUCUCUUUAACGGUAUCCAGGAUGGGGUUUUUAUGGAUUGUUCGGGGGAUGGUUAAAACGUUACGGUCAAACGGCUUGUUGGGCCAGGCUUUGGAAAUAAACGGGGCUGGCUCAAAAACCGGUAGUAGGUGUUUGCAGCUAAAGAGGAUAAAAGGUGAUGAGACUGAACCAGGGGUGAGGGUAACCGCAGAUAUGGAUCGGUUUUAGUGAGGGUCUAGGCGUGGUCAGGAUCUUGGUUGGUUUUUCC